CGGUGACCCGGCCAAGGACUGCACGCAGCCGGAAGUCGCCGAGAUGGAGGAGAAGGCAUGGAAGGAUGUCGAGGGCAAAGACUGGCGACUCUACCAGAAGAUGCGGCCAUAUAACCUCAAAAGCUUCACAUCCAAAGCUCCAGCCAACGGGAGCGUCGCCCCGGAUGGGCCUGCUCUCACGCUCGCGGGGAAGCCUACGUCCCUGCUGGCCGAGGUCAAGGCGCUCGGUGCAGCAAACGGGGCGGCGCACGUCGCUGUCCUCUUUGAUUCCCUCACCUGCCCCAUCUGGCGCACGUUUGCGGGUGUCGAUCUGACGAAUGCGGCUUACGGGCUCCCCGUGCUGCACGUGUACGUCCUGGAGGCGCAUGCCGUGGGCGAGUUUGACACGCCGCCAUUGCCGCCGCCUGUGCAAAUCAAGGAGGAGAUCAAGGUGCACUCCUCGGAAGAGGAGCGGGCGCACGCCGCGGGGCUGGCAAAGGCGUUGCUCGAAGCGAAGGUGGGCGGCGAGGUGGCCAUGAUUCUCGACAGCAUGUCGAACGAGCUCGAGCGCGCCUACGAGGCGCGGCCGUUCAGAGCCUACGUCAUCGAGGUGGCGACGAGCAAAGUAGCGUUCGCCUCGGGCCCGGGGCCCUUCAACGUGAAUGCAAAGGUCACCGGGCUGAAGGCUUUUGCCAAGAGCGUGCUUUCGUGAGCCGAGGCGGGAGCCGGUCGGCGGGUUUUCGUGGUUGCUUGAAAAUGUACACUUGAGUUCA